ACGCAUGAUCAAGCCAAACGUGGGAUAGAAUACAGCAACGGCCGCUAACAACCGCGGCCAGCCGGAGGCCAUCUGCUGUUGAAAACAAUAUAAAACAGCUGCCCGCAAACAACCCUCAUCCAGCAUUCUGCCUUUCCCAUCACCACACAACUUUCCGACCCCAACAAUUCUUGUUUCUCUCAUUGCUCAAAGUUGAAGGAAUUUUCCUACACUAACCACUCGACAUCCAAGAUGUCUAGCCCACUCUCACCAUUUUCCGAUCUUCUUCGCCGCAGAUUUCCAUCGUAUAAUCCACAACUCUCAUCUGCUUCGUGGGCCACCCCGAACGACAGCAGCUCGUCUUUUGGUCGUACCAUGCACCACGACAACCGAUCCAAUGAGCUCAAACCUCGUGAACUCCAUGAUAUCGAAACUUCAGGUAGUCUCGACAAACCCAUCUACCCAGGUAGCGGCGGCCACCUUUUCGCCGAGGUGGAAGAAGCACAACAAAGUCCAGUAUACCGCGAACAACAAAUCAACCACACCUGGGAAACUUCCACUGCUGCUGCUGAAUUCUCUCAGAACCCUUGGAGACCAAGCUUCCGCCGAAUCCCGGCCGUUCCAUCGUCGGCUAGCCCCUUCGUAGCCAACACUUGGCCGCGCACCGUGGCCAUGCCCUCCUACGCAGCGUUCCAUGAUCACCCAAGGCCGGCGCCGGCCUCUGACAGAGGCCCGCCAGAAUUCCAAGUCAAACGCGAGCUAACUUACACCGACGCCGCCGCUCCGACGGCAACCGACACGACGGCCGAUGCGAUACGCUUCUACCAUCCGAUGAAUUGCCGCGCGAAGAGCCUGGCAUCAACCCAGCAGGAGGUCCAUUCCCUCCUCCUUAGGGGCUUUUCGCCCAACUACCGUGGCGACCCUGCCCUCACCCGCAACCAGUCGGCAUUGAUCCCCGCCGAGGCGAACUGCAGCCUUUUCCUCGUCGGCCUUGCACCCGACCUGACAACCAACGAGCUGCUGUCCAACGUCCACGGCAUCGGCCGGGUGUACGCCACCCACAUCAACCCGCCGGACCCGGCACGCGGGCACGCCAACAGCGCGGCCAAGCUGGUAUUCUUCGAGCGCGCGGCAGCCGGUACGUACAUGUAACAAAACAAGCAAACAAAUACCACCCACUCCCCACUCCCCACUCCCACAUAAACCACACAGUCCAAAAACUAACCCUCCCC